GCGUCCGUCCGAUUUGACGGGCAUUUUUGAGCUCCAUACCGCGACCGUCGGUCGUCUGUCCACCUUCGCAGUCCCGCGAACCCGCCUGCCCGCCUAGCCGGCUCCGUUCACUCACUUCGAUCGACCGAGUGUGGUGUCGUCGUCCAACCACCACCGCCCUACCAAAACACCACAACAACCACCGACCAUGAACCGUCAGGUGGUUACCUCUACCCUGGGCCGGCGGGGCGCCCUCGUCGACUGCUGCACCCGCGCCAGCAGCAGCAUCCUCAACACCACCCAGCGUCCCUUCUCCACCACCACCACCCGAUGCGCCGAAGACGAUAAGCCCAGCGCCAGCAAGUCCGCCGCCGCCCCUCGCGCCCCCGGCCCCGUCAGCGCCAGCCGCCAAAAGUCCGAAGCCGCCGUCGGCAAGCUCACCCAGCUUCGCGGAUCCUUCACGUCUCUGAGCAACGACAACUCCUUCCACAAGGCUCCUCCCGCCGGUGCUGGUGGUGCCCGCGACGCCCGCCGUCCCGCCGCCGCCCCCAUUGGCAAGGGCGCUAAGGAUGCCGUCGCUCCCCUCGGUGCUUCUGGCGCGCCCAAGGUCAUCAACGUCCGCAGUCUCAAGGGCACCCUCGGAGGCUCGCGCGGCCGCUUCGCUCCCGGCGGCGGCAACGUCCCCGGCGCCGUUGCGCCCGGUGCUGCGCUCCGUCCUCGCUUUGGCGGCGCUGGUCCUAGAUCCGCUGGUGCUGGUCCUGGCGGUGCCCCCGGUCGUCCGCGCUUCGGUGCCCCCGGUGGACCUGGUGCCCGUGCCGGUGCUGGAGCUGGUGCGCCCGGUGGUGCUGGUGCUCGCAGACCUGGCUUUGCAGCGAGGAGGCCACGACCGGCCGGCGGCGAGAAGAAGUUCAGGGGCGAAGACUACGACGCGCCGCCGACCGAAGAAGAGAAGGAGUUCAUCCGCGGAUUGGAGCAAGGCAAAGUAACCGAGUAUGUGCCCAAGCUGACUCCCGACACGUUGUUGGGGUACGGCCCGCCGAUGGCCACGGACGUCAACCUCGGCAAGGUCGAGUCCGCGCUGCGAACGAUGCGUAUUCUCGGUGGUGGUCUGCCGUUCAACGACCAGUCCGGCGUGACGAGCGAUCCCACGGCCGUCAAGCACCGGUACGUGCACGAGAAGAAGCCCGUGUUCUUCAGCAGUGUGGAGGAGAAGGAGUGGUUGAGCGAGUCGCUCGAUAAGUUUGCGGUUUCCCAGGGCCCGGAGAAGAAGACCAAGAUGCAGAUCUUGGAGACGUCGGUGCUGGGCAAGUAUGAAAGCCCCAAGUAUGUGGAGAGUCUGACGGAUACGGUGGCCAUGGUGGAGAAGUACCAGGGGGGAACGUUUAGCUAUGCGCCGUCGGAUGCGGUCAAGUUUAAGGCCAGGUUGAACGCGUUGCUUGCGGCUGGUCAGCCGAGGGCGGCGCCUCCUGCGCAGGCUCAGAAGAAGGCUUGAGUCCGGGGUAGCCUCGUUUGGGAAGGGGAAGGGAGGGGAGUGAUAUGUAAAAACAGAUAGAGGACUGGGGAUAGAUUGGUCCAGCUGUAACAUUAUGAAUACCCGUAUCGACCGUCCUCGUGUACCCUGGAGAAAGGGUAGUGGCUGUAAAAGUAUUGUAUAGUAUCUUGGCCUUCGCGUCUUGGUUCGAGCUCAAGUCAUGACAUGACGUUGGGACCUGGAAAGCCAUGUUACUCUUGCAGUUUGGCCUGCUCUUCCAUCCGGUUCACUAUGCGAACCUUAGAAAGCAACCCCCCAAAAACGGACGGAUA